AUGGCCAGACUUGCCCACCGGCUCCGAGAAAUACAACGCCUACCCUAUGUUGUGGUCACGAACCCACAUCUUUCCAUGGUCUAUGAGUUAUACUACAAAUCCUUCGAGAGCUUUCGGCGCUUUCCGGUCAUCAGAACUGUCGAGGAAAAUGAUGCUUUUUGCAAGGUAAUCAGCGAGAAUUUGCAAGAACAUUUGUCUGUUAUACCCAAUCUCGUUGUCGGAGUUCUCGAAUGUCAGGAAUUGGUUUCGCCCGACACCAUGGACAAUUUCGUUCAAGCCAUGUUACGAGCUCGAAUUUCGCGAAGAGUCAUUGCUGAACAGCAUCUGGCACUCACCGAGACAUACAAUUCGCCAUGGCAUGUGGCGCAACCUAGUUCAGAGAAUGAGUUUGUUGGCGAGGUACUCCUUCGUUGCAAUGCCAAAGAAGUCAUAGAACGGUGUGGUAGUCUCUCCCGAGAGAUGUGCAGGUCCUCGGCAUCUUCCGAGAUGGCCAUUCCGGAAAUCAAAAUACAAGGUCAUACGAAUGCCACUUUCCCUUACGUGCUGAGCCAUCUGGAAUACAUUAUAGGGGAACUGUUACGAAAUUCGGUACAAGCAGUCAUGCAACGGUUUCGUACCACGAAGAAACCUCCGCCUCCGAUCGAGGUGUUGAUUUGCGAGGCACCUCAAAAUGUGGUCAUUCGCAUUUCCGACCAGGGCGGUGGGAUCCCUCGUGAUAUCAUUCCAUUUCUCUGGUCCUUCAACAAGGGGCCACGAAGUGCAUCUCGAUUGGAGAACUUUAGAGAUGUACCAACCCUUGCAGGAACCAUGCAAGAAGUACGACUGUCAGGCAAUCUUGGGACCAAAGGCAAAAUCCGGGAUUCCUCCCUCAGCACACUCGCAUCGCGACCACCGGAUUUCAGGCUGGGGAUGGGCUUGCCAAUGAGUCGAGUUUAUGCAGAAUACUGGGCAGGCGGCCUUGAACUGCACAGUUUAGAAGGGUACGGCGUGGACGCGUUUUUGCAAAUUUCCAAACUGGGCAAUCAGAAUGAGCAGUUGACUUCACGUGCAAGUAUGGACGCGGUAUGA